AGAAGACGUAACCGCUAGCAUCAGCAGUUGAUAGUAUGCAAGGUAUUUGGCAUCAGUGAAGCUCCAUCCAGUGCAGUAAAACAACAAAUGCUGGAAUGUUUUCAUCAGCUUACACACAAAGAAAAUAAGAGAACACGAAAAAACACAGAAACAUGAAUGAACCCAGCAGUGUAAAACAAGAAGAGACCGAACAACAAAUAGACCUGUUGAAAGACGAUGAGAAGAUUGAAGAACUGAUUAACGCAGGAAAGGAUCAUGACGUCAAAACUGAGGAGAAAUCCUCUUUGCUAAGCACAGCACAGAUAUCCUUCACCUGUCCUCAGUGUGGAAAAACAUUCCCCUGCGAGCAAAAUCUCAAUCUUCACAUGAAAUUUCACAGGGGAACGAAGCCGUUUGCGUGUGAUAAGUGCGAGAAGAUCUUCACGCUAAAAGCAAACCUUAAUGAACACAUGAAAAUCCACACUAGCGUACAGAUGCCGUUCACGUGCGUUCAAUGCAGGAAGAUUUUCAUGCUGAAAGAAAGCCUCACCGAACACAUGAAAAUACACACUGAGGACAAGCCGUACACGUGUGAUGAGUGCGGGAGGAAGUUUAAACAUAAGGGCACUCUUACUGAACACAUAAAAAUCCACACCGGAGAGAAGCCGUACGAAUGCGAUAAGUGCGGGAAGAAGUUUAGACAUAAGGGAAACUUUAACGAUCACGUGAAAAACCACACGCGAAUUAAACCAUUCUCUUGCGAUCAGUGCGGUAAGUGUUUCAGACUCAAAGAUAACUUCGAUGACCACAUGAAAGUCCACACCGGAGGGAAUCCACAUACAUGUGCUCAAUGCGGGAAGACGUUCAAACAGAAACAUGUUCUCAAUGAACACAUGGUUAUCCACACCGGAGAAAAGCCCUUCACGUGUGAACAGUGCGGGACGAGUUUCACACGAAAACGCAACCUUGCUGAUCACAUGACAAUCCACACUGGAGAAAACCUGUAUGCUUGUGAUCAGUGUGGGAGGAGUUUCAGACAGUCGAGAGUGUUGAAAGAGCACCUGCGGACUCAUUCUAGCGAAAGAACGUUUAACUGUGACCAGUGCAGUAAGAAAUUCUUUAAGGCGGACGCCCUGAAGGAGCACCUGACAGUUCACACACAAGAGAAGCCGUAUGUGUGCUCUUUCUGUGCAAAGGCUUUCAGGCUGAUGGGUAAUUUAAAAAUACACGAGAAAACACACACCGGUCAGAGGAAUCACAUUUGCUCUGAGUGCGGAAAGACUUUCUUUACUGUGUCCGCACUGACUCUCCACACCAGAGUUCACACUGUAGGAAAACCGUACAAGUGUUCACACUGUGACAAGACGUUUAAGCGGCCUGAAUGUCUGAAAAUACAUUAUAGGGUUCACACCGGAGAGAGGCCAUAUCACUGUCGCUCAUGUGGGAAGAGGUUCAUUUAUUUGUCUAAUCUGCAUCAACAUUUGAAAGCCGCAAAGUGUAAGACAACACAAUAAGGCUGCAUUUACGCUGCCUGGUUCAAGUGACUCAAUCACGAUUUUUAUUUUUAUUUUCUCCCAUGUGGCACAGAACGAAUAUUGCCCAUGUACGUGUAAGCAGGAAUAAAUCGCAUGGAUUCCGAUUUACUCAAAUCAGAUUCAGGCCUUGUUCAUAUGUGGAAAUCUAUCUGAUAUGAAUCGUAUCCGUGCCCUCGUGUCUGCAGGUAGAUCGGAAUUUCACCUGUCAAUGCGAGUCGUGCUUCAUUAAAAACGUCAACUCUGCUGAAAUGAAAGCGUCCGUCUGACAUCAUUCAUCAGAGUCGCAAACCUUAAAUCUCAAACACGAGGACUAAAAAAGCUUUUAUAUUGUCAUGUAGCAUGCAUAGCAUAUAUAAGCAUGUUAACGAGAGAGAGAGAGAGAGAGAGCGAGAGAGCGCAGCAUCCGCCACGUAACUAAUAUAAACUAAUAUAAAACUAUUGCAUACAUCGCAUGCAUAAAUCACGCCAUGGACGUUACAUUAAGAUGCCUACUGGUUUAUAAAGGCCUAGAUUAAAACAAGAUGGCAAAAUGAGAAUUUUUUUCUUUCAUAAAUGAUAGUAAAACACCUUGUCAAAAAGAAUUACAAAAAAAUGAAAACCCUGUGAACUGAUUAAAUACAGCAAUGGAGAAAAUGUCACUCUUUUAUUAUCAGCUGUCAGUCAGCGCCCGCUCUUUUUUUCCUGGUCAUUGCACCUUUGCUUUGUGCAGUGUAAAUGCAGACAAUCAGAUACGAGUCACUUUUAAAAGACGAUGUAAGCAAGUCAGCAAGAAAAUUGGAUAGUCACAAAAUCGGAAUUGACCAUCAAGAUCUGUAGUGUAAAUGCAGCCUAAGUAAGCUCCUUCAUCCUUCAUAUAGUUAAUAUUAUUGUCAAUUAAUGCUGGGUUAAUGCAUCACAUGUAAGAUAUGUAAUCAGGUUACUUUUUUUCAAGUAACUUGUAAAGUAACUUUUAAUUUUAAUUAAAAUAGCUGAGUUUAGGCAUGGGUCAGUAUAAGAUUCUGAUGGUAUGAUAACCUUUGUUAAAAAUAUCACGGUUCCACAGUAUUGUGUUUACUGCUCUAAAAUAUGUUCUUUUUAAAAUGUCUCUGUAAAAAAAAAUUCCCUUUUGAACACUAAAUAUUUUAUUUUAAGAAACAUUUCAAAUAUUUUUGAGCAGUAAACAUGUCAGGCUAAAUAAUUAAAAUAAAUCAGUGACUUCUGCCAUCUUUAUUAGUUUCAAAAACACAGAUUUCUUUAAAUGUUGAAAAUACUUUGGAUAUUUUUCUUUUCUUUGGAUAUACAGUAAGCCACUGCACUGUUCAAGCAUGCUUGGACGUUGGUUUAUAAGCGAUUUGUUUUUCACAUGUUUGCUGAAUUGUGGGCUGACCAGCAGCUUUUGAUGUGUAGGGUCUUUUUCUGCAGGAGAUGCUGUUGCCCUAAAAAAAGUAAAUAAAAUUGUCAUUAAAAACUCAUUAAAUAAAAUACCCUAGAAACGGUAUAACAGAAAAGAUUGACUUUUCCAAACCGCUGGCUGAGUUCCUUUUUCAGAAAAAAUAAAUAAAUAAAUGACGGCAGUUACUUUGUUUUCCAGUUUGUUGACUGGCAACUCUCAUGUCAAAAUCAAAAAUGAGUGCAAAUGUGUUGCGUAUAUGUGUAAACACAGUACCCGGUAGUUUAAAUUUGGACUUUUAUUUAUUCAUUUCACAUAUAUAGAGAUAUUUGAUUAAUUUAUUUUAAACAUACUAUUUGGAACCCUGAAAUAUUUGUUUGAGCCGAGCUUCAACUUUACAGAUUUAACUGUUUCUUAAGCCUGAAGUUUUUCACUUUUUGUGU